CCUGUGCGGCGCACGAUCGAAGUCAGUGAUUAAGCCGGCUCCAAGACGAAGCGGACGCCGAGCCCAGGAAGCAAGCGCGCUCUCCGCCCCGCCUGGAGGGAGGGCCCAACCACAGCACAGCCGCGCUCACUCGCUACCCGGACGUGACCUAGUUCUCACAGAGGACCGGCCUCUUCCGCCACAACUCCGGCCCGCGGUCCCGCCCCGUCCCGUGAAUGGUCGACCGGCCUCAGGUCAAAAAAGCGUUUAGGUGUCUGCGACGGAGCCUCCGGAGAAAGGCAAGCACGUCGCAGCCAAUGAGGUGAUAGAAAUGCAAAGCAGCGACCAAUGACUAGCUGAGUUGGGCUGGGCCGGCCGACGAAUCACGAGGCUUCGCACCCGGAUAUGGUUAUGGGCUCGGAAAUCUAGUUCGGGAAAAGUGUGAGGGGCUCUUCACGUUGGGGAGGGACAGCAGGCGUGGAGGAGGGGGCAAGCGUGUGUGAGAUUCAGUGGUCCAUGCGUGCGUUUGUCGUCUAAGGGUCAUUCCUGGGGUUUGGAGUGGGGGAACAAAUCAAUGUGGCUGUUUUUCCGUGGAAAGAAUUCCCACUGCAGUGUCCCGGAGCCUGCGUGUGGUGGGCAAGCUCCUCAGAUGGUACCUCACAGGGAGUAGGGGAGUCUUGAAAACGCAGCUCCGGCAGUAGGAACAUGAACCUCUUACCUAAAAGUUCCAAGGAGUUUGGCUCCGUUGACUAUUGGGAGAAGUUCUUCCAGCAGCGAGGAAAGAAAGCUUUCGAGUGGUAUGGAACCUACCUGGAACUGUGCGGGGUGCUACACAAAUAUAUCAAGCCCAGGGAAAAGGUGAGGAGCGCGGGUUGGCAACCCUUCGUACGUGCUCCGGAAGGUGGGAACUGGUAACAGGAAUCUUGCACUUGGUGGACAGUGACAGGCGGGAGGACCCUAGUUGGACGCAUAUUUCAGCAUUUCCUGCAUUGUUCCUGCUAAAAGACAAACUAAAAUAUUCUUUCAGGCCGGGAGCGGUGGCUCACACCUGUAAUCCCAACACUUUGGGAGACCGAGGUGGGAGGAUCGCUUGAGCCCAGGAGUUAAAGACCAGCCUGGGGAACAUGGGACCUCGUCUCUACAAAAAACGAAAAAAUUAGCCGGGCGUGGUGGCGCGCAUCUGUAUUUCCAGCUACUCGGGAGGCUUAGGCGGGAGGAUCGCUUGAGCCCAGGAGGUCGAGGCUGCAGUGAGCCAUGAUCACGCCACUGCACUGCAGCCUGGGUGACAGAGUGAGACCUUGUCUCAAAAAAAAAAAAAAAAAAAUUUUUUUUAAAGGUUUUCAGAUAAUAGACCUCGCACCCCAGCUCAUUCUUGGAUUAAUAACCCUACUUGAAGAGUGACUUCCCAUCUUGAAAGUAUGUUCUUCUGUCACUGUGCAUUCCUGUGCAACCUGCAGCAGGUGCUGGUGAUUGGGUGUGGCAACUCAGAACUGAGUGAGCAACUGUAUGAUGUGGGCUAUCGGGAUAUAGUGAACAUCGACAUCAGUGAGGUUGUCAUCAAGCAAAUGAAGGAAUGUAAUGCCACCCGACGGCCCCAGAUGAGCUUCUUGAAGAUGGACAUGACGCAGAUGGAGUUUCCUGAUGCCUCGUUCCAGGUGGUGUUGGACAAGGGCACCCUGGAUGCUGUCCUGACAGAUGAGGAAGAGAAGACCUUACAACAGGUGGACAGGAUGCUGGCUGAGGUUGGCCGUGUCCUGCAGGUGGGCGGUCGCUAUCUCUGCAUCUCCCUGGCUCAGGCUCACAUCCUGAAGAAAGCAGUGGGCCACUUCUCCCGGGAGGGGUGGAUGGUGAGGGUGCACCAAGUGGCCAACAGCCAGGACCAGGUGUUGGAAGCAGAGCCUCAGUUCUCCUUGCCUGUCUUUGCCUUCAUCAUGACCAAGUUCAGGCCAGUCCCUGGCUCUGCCCUUCAGAUCUUUGAGCUGUGUGCUCAGGAGCAGGGCAAGCCUGUGCGGCUGGAGAGUGCCGAGCGGCUGGCCGAGGCGGUGCAGGAGCGGCAGCAGUAUGCCUGGCUGUGCAGCCAGCUGCGCCGCAAGGCCAGGCUGGGGAGUGUGUCUCUGGACUUGUGCGAUGGGGACACGGGGGAGCCACGCUACACCCUCCACGUGGUGGACAGCCCCACUGUGAAACCAUCGCGGGACAAUCAUUUUGCGAUUUUCAUCAUCCCUCAGGGCCGGGAGACCGAGUGGCUCUUUGGCAUGGAUGAGGGCCGGAAACAGCUGGCGGCCAGUGCUGGCUUCAGGAGGUUGAUUACAGUGGCCCUUCACCGAGGUCAGCAGUAUGAAAGCAUGGACCACAUCCAAGCUGAGCUGUCGGCUAGAGUCAUGGAGCUGGCCCCAGCUGGGAUGCCCAGCCAGCAGCAGGUCCCCUUUCUGUCUGUGGGUGGGGACAUUGGGGUCCGGACCGUUCAGCACCAAGACUGCAGCCCCUUGAGCGGUGACUAUGUCAUUGAGGACGUGCAAGGGGAUGACAAGCGAUACUUCCGUCGACUGAUCUUCCUCAGCAACAGGAAUGUGGUGCAGUCCGAAGCCAGGUUGCUGAAGGAUGUGUCUCACAAAGCCCAGAAGAAGCGGAAAAAGGACAGGAAGAAGCAGCGGCCUGCUGAUGCGGAGGACCUCCCUGCAGCCCCGGGGCAGUCCAUUGAUAAGAGUUACCUGUGUUGUGAACACCACAAAGCCAUGAUCGCUGGCCUUGCCCUGCUGAGAAACCCAGAGUUACUCCUAGAGAUCCCACUGGCAUUGUUGGUGGUAGGCCUGGGCGGGGGCAGCCUCCCCCUCUUUGUCCACGAUCAUUUUCCAAAGUCCUGCAUUGAUGCUGUGGAGAUCGAUCCCUCCAUGUUGGAAGUGGCCACCCAGUGGUUUGGCUUCUCCCAGAGUGACCGAAUGAAGGUCCACAUUGCAGAUGGCCUGGACUAUAUCGCCAGCCUGGCAGGAGGAGGAGAAGCACGGCCUUGCUACGAUGUCAUAAUGUUUGAUGUUGACAGUAAGGACCCAACACUGGGAAUGAGUUGUCCGCCCCCAGCAUUUGUGGAGCAAUCUUUUCUACAGAAGGUUAAAAGCAUCUUGACGCCUGAAGGUGUUUUUAUUCUCAACCUUGUGUGCCGAGACUUGGGGCUAAAAGACUCAGUGCUGGCUGGGCUCAAGGCAGUGUUCCCCCUCCUAUAUGUCCGGCGAAUUGAGGGUGAAGUGAAUGAGAUCCUGUUCUGUCAGCUGCACCCUGAGCAAAAACUUGCCACACCAGAGCUCCUAGAAACAGCCCAGGCUUUGGAGCGGACCCUGAGGAAGCCUGGGAGGGGUUGGGAUGACACGUAUGUCUUGUCAGAUAUGCUCAAGACGGUGAAAAUUGUGUGACUGCUUAGGCCAAGCAGCCCUCCUGCCUAGACUGACCUUGGACUCCCAGCCUGCCAGAGAAUGAAGAAAUACAACGCACAGUACUUUUGAAGCUUCGUAUUUUUCUUGGUUUCACACUCAGCUACAUGUGACCUCCAGCUUGGUGAGGUUGCCUGAAGAUUAGGGAAAAUAAAAAUGUCCUUCCCAUCUUGUCCUCUUCAGUACCACUUGGGUUGGUUUGUCUUUGCUUCCUACACCAUGUCCUUGAGUGGAGUUCCCUGCUGAAGCCCCUAGCACACACUGCAUGCCUUAACAAGUGUGUGCAAGCCCCUCAGAACUCAAGACAUCCAAAUUUUAUUGCGUCUCUACUUAUACUGGUUUGCUUUUGAUUUAUUCCUCUAUUAGUUCUAUAGGAGUGAUCUCAAGUGAGAUAGCAGAGCAAGAUGCCAAAAGACUAUAAAUAGAGUAAGGUUUCUAUAGAUGUGAGACAGAUUUGAGAGAGCAUUUACUCUGUCUCCCUGUGGAUGAAACUGCUGCUGAAAUGGUUCCAAUUUUUAGGAAUCUGCUCACCCACUUCAUUAUUUGACAGCUUUCCUUGGUGACCCAAACCUUGUAGCCUAAGCCAUUUGUCUUUUUCUCAGUGGAGGGAGUGUAUGGACCUGGCCCCAUGGCUUUGCAUGUUAGAGACCUGGCAGACUAAAGUCUCUAGUGUUUAUUUACUCACAUUCGUUGAGUGACAGCUAUGUGCCAGACUGCAUAAAGGGUGGUGGCAGAAGUGAAAAUGUUUAAGAAUGACCAAAAACAUUAGUAAUGAAAGUUAAUGUGUUCCAGGCAUUCUUCUAAGUGGUUUACAUGCACUGUCUCAUUUAAUCUGAGAUAAAGGAUACUUAAGCCCAAACUAUAUCUAAACCCAAAUCUCACUUGGCUGGAAACAUCAAUCUUAACCAUUUAUUCAGAACCAUUAAACCAAUGAUUCCAA